CAACACCUCUGUUGCCAGUGCCGUUCGUCAGCCAGCAGCCAUUGUGGCUAGAGGAGACGUGUGGCAUUGUGAGUUACUGUGUUAAUAUUGCUGCAUUCACGCAACUCUGUGUUAAACUCAAUCAAAUUGUAGUCGGGUUCCUAUAGUAUUAGAACUGUACAGUGCAGCGCGUGAUGCGUGCCCAUUGUCCCAGGAGUUGAGGUCCCUACUUUGGUCAUGAACUCUAUGCAUUGCCUGCCAAAGAAGUGUCAUUGACUCUUUUUAUUUCCAAUGUUUCCAAACGAAUCUAGUUCAGAUGAGAUUUCAGCAGAAUCAAGCGAUGCCUUUGUACAAAACCGCAAGGAGCCUGCCGAGCACAGGGGUGUCUUCGGAGGGGUAACAGCUACCUCUUUUGAUUCUCAGCACCCCGUCUGCCCUGUGGACCAAGUGCCUGUAUCGAGGGAAUCAAUUGUGGACCACAUUCUCAGUGGUGCUAGUAGCGACCCAAGCGUCGUAGUUGUGGCAACAGGCAACAACUUGGACAAAGCUGAAGAAAAUUUCGCACAGGUGUUGUCCGUCGCACCGAAAACGACACAAGUUGUGUAUUCCAAAGAACAAGUUCAACCUGAGGUUGCCAUGACUGAGGAGGGGGUGACCCAGGAACGGGCUACCAGAUUCAUGAUGCACACAGUGGCAGCAGCAAAAGCAGCUGGUCCCUGCGACCCCAAGUCUGAGGCCGAGCCGCAAGGAGAGGUCGUCAAGUCUGAUCCUGCCUCGGCCAAACUCUCAGCGUCUGUGAUAUUCCCAAGCUCAAGGUGUGGCGAGGUGGCCCCUCCGUCCCUGCACAAGGGCAGCGACAGGACUAGCCAAGAGGCGCAACUGGGCUUCAACGCCAGCCACCUUGGUUCUUCCAGCAGCAGAAGUCUGCAUUGUGCACAAAGUCACAAGCCCCUUGACACUCAGGCCAACUCUGAUCCAAAAAUAAAUACUAGCCAAGUCCCACUGACAACACCACAAUCUCCUUGCAAUAAGGAAAACCACCUAAUCCAACGUUAUACUACUAAAGUUAAGGACGAAGAAUACAAAGACUACGCGACCACUCGCUCCGAUGGGCCAAACGUACGACGCGGCGACCAAGGUGCUGCCUUGCAAGAAGACAAGUUCUCUCUAAGCAACCCGAACAUUCCUCGCAAUCGUCUGCACGGUCCGGCCACCAACGUUGGCUGGGGCAUUCCGAGGGGGCUAGGACUGCGUGGGGGCGGCGAAAACUCCCUCAACAAUGGCACCUCUGGCUGGGGCACUCCGCCAGCUGGCGCAGCCAACAGCUCUGGCUGGGGCCAAAACACCACCGCUCAAAACGCCAAUGCAGGAGCCACGUCUCAAUGGGGCGCGGCCGCCAGACCUGGACCGCCUGCCGGUCCCAAUGGCCAGCCAAACAAGGGCAGCCAAUCUCCUCCUCAGUCCGCUCAGCUGCAGCCGACGCAGCAGCCGAUACAGCCGACCGCUGCUUCUGGCAGCCAGCAGGGCAAUGGAGGCCAGCAGCAGCAGAACCAGCCUCCUAGUCAGCAGGCAUCGCAACCAGGCGGCGCCUCCGGGAAUGGACAAGGAGCACAGGCUCCGAAUGGAUCUCCCUCCUGGGCUCAAGCAGCUGGUGGAGCUGGUGGAAACGGUCCUGGCAAGGGGCCUGGACAGCCUCCUGGACCCAAUGGUGGAGGCGCUGCCACUGCCAAGCAGCUCGAGCAGAUCAACUCAAUGCGCGAAGCUUUGCUCAGUCAGGAUGGCUGGGGCGGUCAACACGUUAAUCAAGACACUGGCUGGGACAUCCCUAGCUCUCCCGAACCUGGAAUGAAAGAAGGCGGCUGGAAGCCCAACGUCAACAAUGGCACUGACUUGUGGGAAGCCAACCUGCGCAAUGGUGGCCAACCACCUCCACAGCCUGUUGCCAAGACCCCGUGGGGCCACACUCCAUCUACCAACAUCGGUGGCACCUGGGGUGAAGAUGACGACACUGCUGACACAGCUAACAUGUGGCAAGGAGUGCCAAACAACAAUCCAUCUGGGCCACAAUGGAACAGCGGUCCUGCUGCCAUGCAAAAGAAAGAGUCCGAUUGGAGCGGAGGUGGCGGCGGCGGCAGUGGUGGUGGAGGCGGUGGCGGAGGCGGCGGUGGCUCUACUUGGGGCGAUGCCCGAGAUAUGCGAGGAAUGGGCAUGGACCCGCGAGCCAGCGAGAGAGAUAUGCGUGGAGGCAUGGGAAUGGACAUGAGAAGUGACAUGAUGCGUCCAGACAUGAUGAUGAAUCCUCGUGGUCCUGACCCUCGUAUUGGUGGCGGCCGCAUGAAUGGUGAGGCCCCUAUGUGGGGAGCGCCUAAGGGCCAGCAGCCCCCAGUCAACCAGUGGGGCGGUCCGCCUCCUAAGGACAUGAAGGGUAACCCAUCUGGCUGGGAGGAACCCUCUCCACCUGCACAACGACGUCAAGCCCCGAACUAUGACGAUGGCACCUCCCUGUGGGGUAAUCCAGGAAAUCCACAGCCCCCAACAUGGCGAGGAGGACCUCAGAAAACGGAUGCCGGCAAGGUGUCGCAUUGGAAGGACAUUCCCCACCCAGGCAUGGGAGGCCGCGGCUCGGGCAUGCAGUGCCCACCAGGAAUGGCCCAAGGGCGUGGAAUGCCAGGAGCUGGAGGCAUGAAGCCCGACGUACCCAUGUGGGGUCACCCUCAGCGUAAUGGAUCGUGGGACGGGCCUCAAGGACCACAUGACGGCCCAGGCGGAUGGGGCGACGAAUCCUCUAAGAUGGGCUGGAACGACCAGAACAUGAUGCCUCAAGGAUCCUGGGGUGGACUCAAGCCAAAGAACCCGAUGGGUGGUGGCUGGGGUGAUGGAACUGAGGUGGACCCAUCCUCGUGGGGACAUCCUAAACCUGGCCCGAAACCACUAACAAAGGACAUGAUUUGGGCCAGCAAGCAGUUCCGUCUCAUGACUGAAAUGAACCUGGGCUACAAGAAGGACGACAUAGAAAACGCCCUGAGAACCACCAGCAUGAACAUGGAGGAUGCCAUUGAGCUGUUGAAUAACAUGCGCGACGGCUACAGGCGUUCCGACGAACACAGCUUUGAUCUUGGUGGCUCAAGUGGGCCACACCCUGGUGGACCUGGAAGCAGCGGCUACCCUGGCAGAGGUGGCUACAACCCUCCGCAGCAAAUGCCGUUUGCCCCUCCGGGCCCUGGUGUGAACAAUGCCCCUAGUCUUAUGAACAAUGCGAACAACCCUAGUCUACCCAGUAUUAAUACAAUGAGCCCAGCCAUUGUGCAGAAGAUUUUAACGCAGCAGCCACCCCCCGCUGCUGCUGCUGCACAGCCAUCCACUCAGCAACCCUUCCAGUCGGUGCAGCGCACUCCUUUGAGUCAACCGCAGCCGUCGGCCGCGCAGUUGCGCAUGCUGGUGCAGCAAAUCCAAACUGCAGUUCAGUCUGGUCAUCUCAAUCCCCAGCUCUACUUCCAGAUCUUGAACCAACCUCUUGCGCCGCAAACUCUGCAACUGCUAAAUCAGUUGUUGAACCAGAUAAAGCUCCAGCACAGUCUGGUGCAGCAACAGACCCUGAUCAGCUUGCAGCCGCUGACAAAGCAACAGUCUCAGAACCACUUGCAGAUUUCCGUUCAAAUUACCAAGACGAAGCAGACAAUUGGCAAUUUGCAGAAUCAGAUUGCUGCCCAGCAAGCCCUGUUUGUCAAACAGCAGAGCAUGAAUUCCGGUGGCCCUCAGGCCGACUUCUUCCCCAAGCAGCCUCCUAUGUCUGAACCUGCCAUGUCUCUUGAUGUCGGCCUAAGCCACUUGUCCAUGAAAGAGCCUCAAUCACAGCAAUCUCGUUUGAACCAGUGGAUCAAGCCUGACAAAGACAGUGAUGUGUCUAUGAAUGAAUUUGAUCGCGCUCCCGGAAACUCAAAGAGUCAGUCGCACACGUCCCCCAACAUGAACCCCCUGCUUGGCCAGGGUGACAGCACUUGGUCCUCUGUUGGCCGUGGAGCUGGCGACUCGGGAUGGCCCGACUCUUCCGCUGAUUUGGGAGGUGGCAACCAAAACGAUAGCACAAACACUUUUGAAGUGCCAGAAUUUGAGCCAGGUAAACCCUGGAAGGGCAGCAACCUAAAGAACUUUGAAGACGACCCCACACUGACCCCAGGCUCAGUGAUGGCGUCUCCAUUGUCUGCAACAAUCAAGGACUCGGUCUUCUCAAGCAAGACUUCACCGCCAUCGAGUAUUGUAUCAUCAGCCACUGACACCAUGUCCUCAGUGGGACUUUCAAACCCAACGUGGAGCUACAACUCUGGAUCAUCUGGCUCUGCGUUUGCCAGUAACAAUGGCAGCGGCCCUCGCACAUCCGGAACUGGUUCCUCCUGGGGCGCAGGUGGCUGGGGCGGUGGUUCAACUUGGCUUCGGCUGAGCAACCUGACCCCCCAGAUUGAUGGAUCUACCCUGAAGACUCUCUGCCUGCAACAUGGCCCUCUACUGAACUUCCACUUGUAUUUGAACCACGGCUUUGCUAUGGCCAAAUACCAAACCCGAGAAGAAGCCGCCAAGGCUCAAGGAGCAUUGAACAACUGCGUCCUUGGGAACACGACGAUCUUUGCCGAAUCUCCUGCUGAAUCCGAAGUGCACAGCCUAGUGAGCCAGCUGCACAGCUCUCAGUCACAGGGCCCUGGGCCUGGUCCCAACUCUGGUGGCUGGGGCAGCAUGCGGCCCGGCUCAGGUCCCGGCUCGGGCCCCAACUCUGGCUCUGGCCAGGGUGGUUCGGGUGGCGUCCAGGGCUCUCAACCCACAAAACCACCCCCUGAUACUUGGGGUGGCAGCACUGGCGGCAGCAGCAACCAGCUCUGGUCCGCUCCGUCAAGCGCCUCAUCGCUGUGGGGCGCUCCUCCCUUAGACGGAGGCGACCAGCAUCGUGCCACGCCCUCCUCACUCAACUCAUACCUGCCUGGAGAUCUGCUGGGUGAAGGCAUGUGAGGUAGGCAGUCGAUUAAUCGAUUUUUGAAACGACACACCGCCUAAGGUACACACACACAAACACUUAAAAACACUAGCGCGCGGUAUAAGAUAAACAAAAUGUAGAGAAUGAAUGACCCUUCCGAAAGAAAGCACAGACAGACAGUCCCACCCGAAAAAAUCAUGUUUUAGGAGGACAUUUCCGCUUUUAAAACAUACCCCUGUGAUCUCAACGUCCUUUUCAAAUUGAAGGCAGUACAACUCGUUGUGUCUGCUUCUGCUGCUAAAUUAAAAAAAAAAAUGCAACAAUGACAUUUAAUAAUGUAAUGGUAAGAUUACCUUUAAAAGCUACUUGUAAAAACAGGUGAUAUUUGAACGAUCAUGAUGUCUUCACACUACUGGUAAUAUUCUUAUAUGAAAAUGAGAGACGAUACUUUUUAGAAAAAUAACGUUACUGAAGAAUGUAGCUGUGGAAAAUUAUUGCAAACGAAACACAUGUGUAAGGUCAAAUUGAAUGAUGACGAGACAGUAAAUCCAUGACCUCAUCAGAUUAACGUAACAAUAACUGACCAUGUGUGUCUCGUUACUUUCGAUUGGCUAAAUAAAAAUAUUUGGAGUAAAACCAGCCGCGAGUUUGAAAAGUUAGGAAGCUGAAAUCACUGCUCGUCGAUGAGAACAUAUUUGAUUGUAUUAACAGAAUACAGCGCUGUGAAUUCAUAGUGGCUUUUUUCGAUGACAAACAGAGUUUUAAAGAAAAAGUGUCUCUUUUAGGGUAUGUUGUGUAAUGGGAUCGAGUUGGGAGUUAAAAAGAUGGAAAGAAAGAAUGCUAAAGAUUCACUAUUGACUUUGUUGUGUGUUUCCUCUCGAUGGUGCAAAUGAGCCAGCCCUCCUGGAUUGCUGAAAUUUAGCUCUUACAGACUUUUUGAGGGGGGCCGGUCGCACGGCCCCUGCUAGAUAUCUCUUUGAUUUCAAUUAAUGAAUUAAUGAUCGGUGAAAAAAAGAAAGUUCCCUCUGCAGCGGGGAGAGGGCUUCGAAUGAAUUCUUAAUCGCUGCAGGCCUAACUCCUCCUAAUUGAGUGAAUUGAAAAUACCAUGCCAAGCUUUAGCAUAUAAGUAAGGCUAAUUUUGUAUGUUUAAGGGAAACAAAGUAAGAAGCUGAACGGUGUUGAUGUUUAAAAAAAAAAACAAGUUAUCACACUCGCAGCAUUUGCACUCUCCGUACUACACUUGCGUGCGCAGAUAGACGACACGUUUUGAUCACACAUACACACGCAACACACACACACACACACUUAAAUGUUGGUCACUAGGAUAUUAAGGAUCUUUACGUGUUUAAGGCUCUUCCUCCUUCAUGAUCGACGAACGACGGUUAUGAUGAAUAUCUCUAUUGUUCUCUUGAGUGUACCAAAAUGAAUUGAAAUGAUUAUCAUGUUAUAAACAAUGCUGUAGGCAGUAAGGAUUCCUAGGUGUUAAGUCAGGUAGCAUUACGGCGUAACAGUGUAAGGAAAUUAUGGCAAACAGGAGUUGUUAAUUAUAUUCUUUUUAAUUCUGCUAAAAAACGGUGAAAACUUUUUGAUAGGCUAAGCUGUUUAAAUAUAAGAUCUCCGACCCGGCACGGAUAAAAAACCCGCCACCCCUUUUAUCAGCGAAACAAACAAAUCAAUAAUGCCAAAUAAGCGAACCUGCGCUGAACGAGAGAAUCAAAUAAAUUUGUGUUUUUCUUUUCCUGCUCGCGUGCUGCUGCUGCAAUUUCGGCGCUUUUUUAUCCGUGCAACUGAAUGUGAUAAGAAAUAUUUGUGUGUAUAUAAAAUAUUAAACUAUGUUGUGCAUAUUAAAUACAUUGUUGUCAAUUUUAAAAAUAAUAACGAGCGUUCGACGCUGACCGCAGAGCUUGCACGCUCUCGGUCGGCCGAGCAUACAAAAAACACACGUUGGGUUUUUUCGGAAACGGCAUAUGCAAGCGAAACGAACCGCAGCGUGGUGAUACAUGAAAACAAACAAAUACAUACACACAACUCGAAUAAUAUGCGAUUGCUUAAGAAUUUGAUAAAGAUAUGAACUAAAAUAUUGUUUCCUCCCUGUCGAAUGGAUAUCUAAAGGAAAGAAACGCAGACAAAACACAUUUUUUGCAAACAACAACACGCGAAUUGAAAAAUCACACACGGCGAUCCUAUUUUCAACAAAAGUCGUUCUUAAAAAGUACAAGUGUUCACGUAAGUCAUAAAUAAUAAAUGUAUUUGAGGCCUGAUAGAAUUAUAAUGUUAUAAUAUGAAUAAUAUUUGAAAGACUCAUUACGGAAAAAAGUCCAUCCUUGCCUUCUUUGUUUAUUUGUUGACGCUUUUAAUUGAUGAUUCUCUUUUGUAUUCUUAAUCAACGCGCUAAAUGACGAGACAAACAAAAUAAUAAAAGGCGAUUUAUAAUAAUUAUAAUCGAAUAUUACCAGCAACCAAAACGCAGAUGAUGAGAUGAUAAGCAGACAUAAAACGUAUGCGUGCGAGAGCUUGUCUUUUUUGCAUUAAUUAAGGUAGGGAUUUUGUGUGUCUCCAAAUACUUAACCAACCAAUCAGAAACAAUAUGACCAUUGUGAUGAGACACGGCACAUUUAACAUUUAAGGCGAAACGGUGUGUGUGACCAUGAUUAAGAAAAAAAUAUGCUUGUUAAGUGUAAGGUUAGUCUAGGUUUCCGCCGCUUCUUUGUAUGGGGAGUAAACGAAAGAUUUUUAUUUGUUUUUCAAAGCUCAUCACGUGUUUGAUUUGGUUUUUCGGUCCAUUUGACUUUUCAAUUUUGCUUUUUAAUUUUAAUUUGUGUGGAUCGCCUAGUAUUAAUCGAUUAAUUUUUUUCGCAUCAGAAAACGAACCUUGGUAGUUCUGAUCAACAUUAAAAUUUGAAGCGCGCAAUGCAAACAGAACUCUGUAAGGAAUCAAGUCAGUUGUAGGCCCUGACCAGAAAAUUUUAAUGCCAUUGUGAUCGAAAAAAAAAAUCAUUUUUUAUGAGAAGUGCUAUUUUUUUAAUGUCGCAACAAAUACUUAAAUCAAACACGUGAGAAAUCAAUUAUCCGCUUCCGGGGGCGUCGUGUUCCAGACAGGUCAAAAGUAUAAUAGGGACGCCUCUACUGCUGCUGCUGUAAUUUUUAUUUAGUAGUAUUGAUCCAGUAUUUUGUGAUGAUGCUGAGUGCCACCUAUCAUUAAUGAUUACAAUGAUGCUUUCCUUACUCUUAAUGUUGUAUUAUUAACUACUAUUAUUGCGAUAAUUAUAUUCCUCGGUUUUCAUGCAUUAUUAUAUUAUGAUUAUUUGCCUUAUGUUUGUCUACUAUUAUACCAUUUGGGCGAUUAUUAUUUUAAAAAAUAUAAGCAUGCUGCUAAAAACACACGCUGCUUUUUCUUUUGAUUUCUCGGCUGCUUUUUCUGCUUCGUGUGGAUGAAGAGCGAGUGAGAAUUAUUCCAACCCUGUGCAAAACAAAGCUGCUCCUUAACCAGUCAUAUCGAUUUUUGUUUUCUCUUUGUUAGUUAGUUGCCGAUCGCCGCGACCGAUCUCUUUAAGUUGAUUCUCUCAAGUUGCCUUGCUUGUCACUGAAAGCAACAAGCGACGCACCCGAACCCCUCAAGUUGAUCCUGCGAGCAGAGCAAUCCGACCUGAUUUGAGUGCACAUGCAUGUGUGCACCCUAAGCCAAUUCCCGACGAUUGCCGCCGACUUUUGAUUCGCUUUUACGCGCGCAAGUAGUUUUUGUUUUUGUCUUCAGGUUGUACAACUAUGAUUAAUUAACUAUUACUUAAAAUAUUUUAAAAUUUAAAAUGCGAUUUUGUCACUUGUGAUAGAUCGUGACUAUGUGUUGUUGUGUAAGAAUCAAACGCGAGCCGCGCGACAACGUGCGGCCCCUCAGUCAAUGAUGUUGCCAUCAGACGAAUCAAAUUAAAUGGGGUUAAAAAUAGAUGGAAAUUUCAAACGCCUCUCGGACAGCAGUCAUUCCCUCGUUAUCGAGUUUUGGUUGUGAACUCUAUGUGACUCUCGACGUUGAUACUCACGUGCCCCUGCGUGUUUGGAAUUUAUGAAAAUAAUUUAUCAAAAAAUAAAAUAAGCUGUAAUGCAGAAUUUCGCGCGCACCCGAAAUUUUUUUCUCCCCUAUUCCAUUUUGACCUAAUCGUUAUUCUCUCGUCUGAGGAAUUGAAGAGCACCAUGUGAUAAAUACACGACCAUAUAUUGCGUUGUUUUUCGGAUGAUAAUAAAAAAAAUGAAUUUUGGAAAAAGUAUUCUCAAUAAGCAGCUGAAGAUUUAAGGGUUUACCAGCCAGCGGUCAACUCUCGUCGGACAGGCAGACAAGCGCGCAAGUUUUUGGCCUUGACCUCUUUGCUCCUUGCAUACCGUCCUUGAUUACGAAACCUUAAAACUGCAGGUAGCGAUGCGACUCUUAACUCUAAAAUCGGGGCCCACCUUGGCGCGAAUUGAAACAGUUUAUCAGAUUAAUUGACUACUAAAUUAAAUUACUAAAGUUGGUCUCGGCCAAUCAAAAGCGAGAGAAUAGUAUUUUUGUCAAAUCGAGGGCAGUUGUGAUAGCAAAUAUCAAAUUAUGCUCGGACGGACACCAAGCCGCGAAAAACGUAGAAUCAUUUUUUGCAGUCACGUGCAGACACCUGAUCAAUUAAUUAAAAAUUAACGUAAGACCGCUUUCUACACUCACACGACGACGACGACAAACAAUAAAAAGUGUCAAUAUUAAACAUAUUGCGAGUUUAAAAGUAAAGGAUGCGAUUGUGAACCCGGAAAUGAAAAGACUCUAUAACAAUGUUGUCCCGCGUCAGAAUGGCUAACAUUUUAAUUGUGUUCAUUGAGAGUGAGUGCACGAUGAUAUUACAUGCGUAAGGGUUUCAGGGAUACCUUAAAAAAAUACAAAAAACAAAAAAAAAUCAUAAAACACAAAAACUCUUCCCCCCAAACGUGAAAAUCCCACAAAAAAAAUGAGCGUGAAUGACGAUGAGUGAAUCUGAUUCGAGUGCUGGAGAUUUGCUGGGUUCCAGGGUUGCCAUCUGUAACUUGUGUCCGUAUCUGAGAGCGAGAAUACAUGAACUGCAUAACCAAAGAGCGUUGCGCGACCAGGUUAUAAACCGCGGUCACCCACGCCGACACACACCACACACACUUUCUGCCGAAAUAGAGAAAAAAUGUAAUUUUUCUUCCUCCGCUUUUCUGCUCUGUAACGCCCUCGACGCGCAAUGCAAUAAUUACAAAUAAAAUCUCGGGAUCUUUAGCUGUCCCCGUUGCUCUGCAUUUUCGCCAACAGUCCAAACCCAAUCGACUAACCAAGCUGUACUUGAAGCCGUUUUUGCUCCAAAAGAUGAUGCUCUGAUUCCAUUAUGUUAUUAUUUUUAACGUUUAGCGGGUUGUGAUUAUCAAUUAAUUGAAACUGAAGCAUGAAUGUAGACAGAAAUCUAAUAUCACAACAAGUUACUACAAAGAAAAGUAAAAAAACUGCUGAGGUUUAGCUCAUUUAUUCUUGGAUUCAAAAUAACGGGCACAAAUCGAAAACCAAUGAAAUGACUUAAACCAACUUCACGACCCAAAUUAAAAAUUAUCAUUCACCAAAUUAAAUUACUGCAAUUCAAUCAAUCGUUGAACAAGAGAAACCCAAGUGCCUUUAGUGUGCUAUUCAGAUUUUAGUUUCACGCUUUCCCUCCGCCAUCAGUUGUUGUAUCUUAGUUAGUUCUCUUUUUGUUGCGAAACUCAGGUGACGGGCUGUAUUAGUUAGAAAUUAAUUUAAUCUUUAAAUCCACUUUGUUAAUUGUUCGAUUCGACGCGUACGUAAUUAAUUGAUUAAUCCUUUGGUCCGUAAUCGAUAAUAUGCCGUCAGCCAGUGGGGAGCCGCGCAUUUUUUGCUCAAAUUUGCGAGUAUUUUUCCAUCGUUGAAAGUGCAUUUGUAAUUUUUACGUUAAGUAUUCCUGGAACGACACAAAGAAAGACUUGAACAAACAGAACACUCUUGUCGCGAUGCUCACAGCUUGUUUCAACCUCACCCGCUAGUCACUCGAAAUAAUUUAAUUAAAGAAAAAAUAUUAAUAAAAAUAAAAAUGAAACCGCUUGUCUGAUUCUAAUCCAACUUUCGCGCUUCCUGCAUGAUUACUAUUUUAUAAUUAUCACUCAAUUUUAAUUAUUCUCGUUCAUUUGUUUACUUCUACGCCCCUAUGCGAUUAUCGAUUUGUAAAGUGAUAAAAAAAACAUUGUGUUGAAUAAUUGACUCGUGGCUCCCGCGGCGACGGACACGUAUCUCUAUUUCGAUUCCUUCCUUUUAUGAAUGAAUAAUUGCGGCACAAAAUCCCUCUCAAUUGGUCGAAAGUAACAGAAAAAGCUGCUGCUGACGUGCCUUUCUCGUGCGAUUAAAAAAAAAAAAAUUAAAUUAGUCAACUCGUUCCUCAGAUUCUCGGAAGAUUAAAAAAAAAGAACCCCAGCUGCUUUAAUCCCUUGCAAUAAGAACAAAAACGUACUCCAAUUUGCUUAAAUUUGUCUUGCUUUUUAUUCAACACGCCAAAUCAAAACAAGUAUGUAGCCGAAAAUUAAAAAUUUCUCCAUAUUAUCUUGUGGCCUUACGAAUAUCGAAACAACAAUAACUCUAUACUGAACAACAACAAUUAACGCCCUUUCUUCGAUCCAACUAAAAUCACACAUAAUAACGAAUAGCCAUUAUAAAAAGAUUAAAAUCGCUUCUGUCCUUACUUCUUUCACGCUUUUUAUUUGUGUAACUUUUGAAAUCACAUAUCAAACGAGAGUUGUCAGAGGGUUUCGUUCGACACACUUUUAAAAUAUUCUGCUGCCCCCUCUGUGUAGCCUCCUCUGCCACCAAAUAGAAAUAAAUCUUGUUAGUGUUAAUCGAGAGGAGAAAAACCAUAGGAUCCGAAUCAUUAAUUUGUAAAUUGUGGGAAUGCUCGCUUAUCAUCAAAGUACAACUCGAGAGUGAAUCGUCGAAACCCGUCGACUUCCACACUGGUAAUUAAUUAAUAACAAUAAACUUAGGCCAAGCCACUCAGUCAACCAAAAACGAUAAAACAACAAUCACUCACUUUUGUCUCUCUCUCUUCCAAAUCGGACCCCUCCCUUGGAACAAAUUGCCAAAACUGAAAAACUGCGCCUAUUCUAGAAUAAUGACGAUGAAACUCUUGCAUUUUUCGGCCAUUUUAAUUCUUACUAAAACAAAAAUCAAACCCGCUCGAGACGAAGAUUGAAAAGAAAAUCAAUAUUUGUGAAUGCAUUUUGCGCGAUUUAACCUAAUUAAAAAUACGAAUGGAUCUCCCUGCGGGCGCUGCCGCUGCUGAUUCUCGUCAUCUCCGUGUUUGCACGCGCGCGAAUAGCUAGUUUGUUUCCCGUUCAGGCCGAAUCAAUUGACAAUUGCGUUUCACCGGGUGGGUGGCUCGCGGAUUACAAAGAAGUGCUCUCCACUUUUUGCGUUGUUGACCAGCCGUGUGAUUGUGAUAGCCAAGUACCUGAACACACAAGAAGUUCGACCACCCCGUAACAGUUAACAAAAGUCUCGUUUGGCUGCCCUUUGAAACCGAUUCCACUUGGUAAAUUAUUAGUUUGUAUUUUUGUUUCAAAUCCAAUCGAGCCACCCCCACAUAGAGCCAAUCAAAUUUUGCUCGCGCACCAAAAGCAAAAGUCGUUUCUUUUAACCGCGUCAACCAUAAUUCACCACAUUGAGACUGAAAGGCAGCUGAAAUUGAGGAUUAGGCCUUCACACCUGAACUUAUUUAAAGAGAUUCAUCGAGCGAACGCUUAUUUCUAUCGUAAUUAAACUAAUUAAAAUCUAAAAUUAAAUAGCACGGCGCAAGUUUUGAAACUGAAGCUCACGAGACGGACAAAGAUGGCAUUCGUUGCUUUUCCUCUUUUAAUUUUUUUCAGUUGCUCUGUGCCAUGAUAAAUUGAGAGUGUGCCUCCUCACUACUUACUGUAAUAAUGUAAUAUUCAAUAGAUUCUCCACGGAGCUGCACUCGAUUCCGAAUAAAGUAAACGCAAUUGAAAAAAAUUCGCCACGAAAAAGACCAGAGAAUAAUUAUAGAUGAAUUUUGAGGAAGUGCGCGUUUCCGUCUAACAUAUUCUCUUUCCCCUCUAUCUCUCCAUAUUUCUCAUUCACAUACACAAAGAUGUACACACAAAUUGAAGAAAAACACUCGCGAACCCACGCAGAUUUAAAUAAAAAUGAUAAAUGGAACGCGCGCGUCGUUGCAAAUUGUCAAAUAUGAAAUCGUCGCAGCAAACGCUGUUUGUUUGAGUUUUUGUAAUGGUAGGCUUAGCUGUUUAAUAAUCGUAAUUUCAUAAAUAUAUUAAUAUCUGGGUGUUUAAAGGGUGCUACGGUCUCUAGAUUUAUAAUUAUUAUGCAACAACAAACAAUUUAAUUAGAGAUGCGGACUGUCCGUUUCCCGACUCCCCCGCGCAGACUGGGCGGAAGUCCGCGUAGUUCGUUGUAGGCGUUAAGGAUACUUAGCGGUUAAGGACUAAGGCGUUUUCCCCUUGUAAGUGUUAAGGAACGGUUUCCAUGUUCUUAAGGAAAAUUACUAUUCUACGUGCAUAUUAAUGUGAAACACUGCUGUUUUUAACAAACACGGUCGAAAUAAUUAAAACUCGAAUGAUGAUGAAAUAUUUGUAAGUGUUGUGAUGCAGUUUGUUCAAACAUACUUAAGGAAAUUAUUUUGAAAGGAAAAUGCGAAAAUGCGAAUAAAAAAUAUUUGAAAUAAAAAUCAGUCGGAAAAAAAUGUUUAAAGCAAAACACAAUCGACGAGAUGAUCCUUCCUUCGUUGGUGGAACCAAAAGACAUUAAUUAAUCGAAUAGCUUAAUAAUGAACGCCGCUCUAUUUAACUAUAGUUUGUGGCGCAAUGAGGUUGGACUUUGUCGUUGUUUUCCCUUUCUGUUUUGAAUAUCACAUUUUUAUAAUAGCGUAACACUUACUCAGUCUCUCUUUGAAAAUUAAUAUUUUUAAGUGGGCAUUUAUGGAAUAAAUAUAGCUGGAAAAAUGCAAAAACAAAUCAAUCGAAUCUCACAACAUGCAAGUUUCCUCAGCAAAAACUGAACUUUUACGACUAAUUAAUUAAGUUCUGCACCAAGUGCAUGCGAAUAAGAUAAAUUAUUUAGGGUGCCAAACAAAGUAACUAAUUAACUUUUGCAUAUGUCAGUCGAAAUGAUGAUAAAAUUAAUAUAAUACAACAAGAAACGCCACAAUUGAUACAAAAAAGGAAAGAAAGGCAAUCUCCUGCUUUUGUAGGAACAGAUUGCAAAGCGAAGCGCCGGCGCCACUCUCCUCCCCCUUCUCUCUCAUAUCUCUGCGAAUCAGCCGCUGAAUUACAACAAGAACAACGUUUCCUAAUUGCUCAGACGAAAAUAAAUUUAAAACGUAAGGAAGUUCCUGUGAUAUGAUUACACUGCUUUACGAUUUCGUUACUUAAUUAAUCAAAUCGGUUUAAAGGCCGCGGGGGCUGGGAGGCGCCGAGCGGCAUCUCUCCGCUUUUUGCUUUCCGCGCUGAAUUGAGAAAUAUUUAAAGACUUUUCUGCUGCUUUUAAACUUACGGUAAAUAGUCCGUUCUGAUACAACGUAUCAAUUAAUUAAUUAUGAAUUAAAGCUCUAAUCACUUUGAGAAAAACACACACUGCUUCUGAGGAGAGGAGAAUGGGCAUCAGGUAUUUUUGCGAACGCUCAAAUACUUUGGCUGUUAAAAAUAACCGCGACCGCCCCGAUAUAUACAAAAAUCGCAAGGGCCCCCACGUCUAAACAAACUGCAAUUAUUAUCGUAUUGUGUAGUCGUGAUUACAUAACUAAAGAAAUUUGGCAAGUGGGAAGAAAAUCCAAACUCUUUUUGUAUUCUCAACAAAUUAAUUAAUUAGCACUACUUACGCAAAAUCGGCUGCUUCAUGCUUUCCUCGGGAUUAAUUGCGAAACUAUAAAUUAUCAGAUCAAAAUAAGACUUACUACCAUUUACGGUUAUUAUCCAAACAAUCACAAACACUUGAAUUUAAUUUUGAACCUACCAGAAUUUCAUCAUCAUAAAUAUGAUAAAAAAAAAAAAACAUAUUUCUACGUCAAUUCUAAUUAUUGUGAGACGAUGAGAGAAGUAUAUAUAUAAUUAAUAAUUAAUGUUAAAAAAUCAACAAACAGGAAACUUGCAUUCGCACAAAAUUUUGGAAUAUAGAUAAUUAUCAAUUUGACCACUUUUCUUGCUUUUUGGUUUUUUUCAAUUUUAAGAUUUUCGCUGCUGAUUUGCGUCAACAAGAUUUUGAAAAUUGAAUGCCAAUUUACUCGCCACGCCAAUAUAGUCUGAUCACACGAAAGUAUAUCUUUUUAAAAAGAAUGGCUCAUAUUAAUUAACUCACCGAUUUGACUACUAAAGUAAUUACCUAACUGACAAACAAACAAACAAAUCACAAAAGAUGAGCAAGUAAGUGGAAGGGAACGGUGCGUUUUAAGUCCUCAGGGCUAUAAAGAGUUAAUUGUGAUCUGUUGAUGAGACGAAGAUGAUAAUAUUUCUAAAAAAAGGUACACAAACAAAAACACUCUGCAAAAAAAUUCAAAACUUUUGACUACUGCUAUUAAUAAUUGAGUGGAAAAUUAAAAAAAAGCUUCACCUACGGCAUUAAAACGACUCAGUAUAUUUUUACGUGUUAAAUUAAUUAAUCGGUGUGUUGCUACAAUAUUAAGUAAGUAAUCAGCGAACGAACUGUAAAAAUUGUUGCUUAUUCUCGAUGUGCCCCCAAUUUUGAUAACCAUGUGUUCCAAAAUGUCGGACGGUGCUCGAAUUGUGUGAGGACACGUGCAUACAAACUAAGUAUUAAUUAAUUAAAGAUAAAUUUGAUGUGACAUUUAUUCCGUGUUUUAGCGAGCACCGUCCUUUAUUAGCUGCAAUCGACCAAACACAAGGAACGCAAACAGCAAUGCAAAACCAACCAACAACUAAUCCUAUAAUGAAAACCGAUACAAACUGAUAAUAUAUAUAUUGAGCUGUUUUUCCGUAGCUGUGUAGAAUUCGUUUCUCACUGUUCCACGCGAUUUUUGUCUCGAGAGCUAACCGAAACAAUAAUGAUGUAAUUUAACUUGAUAGUCGCAUCAAGAUCAGAGUGAUAUGGCCUAAUUGACGCAGAAAUAAUUGAGAAAAUUAGCAGCACACACAGUACGUUAGGGAAAAUCAACUGUAAAUGUUUUUUGAAACCUUGAACGGGUUGAAAUUUUUCAAGAAUAUGAAUCUGUGUUUCCAAUUCUGAUAAUUCUUGGUUAAAGGAUUUUGAAGAUUUGCACAAAAUAACAUUCAAACCACCAUUGAAAAGCCUAAAAAUACAAAACUCUGCUAAAAAGAUACUUUUAAAAAUGCCAGACAAAAAGUUAGUUAAUCUUUAAAGAUUUAAAUAAAGAAAAUAAUACAAUUGUUUUUUAUCUUUGGAAUCCUUUUCAUUUGGACUAUCGAAAUCUAGAGUAAGCAGAAUUUUAUUUCAUAAAAAUUUCCAACCCUUGAAAAGCUCACGCAAUUCCAUUCCUAAAAUCGUAAACUUGAAAAAAAAAUCCAUUUUGACAGAUCAGGAAAUAGAAUGGGCCUUGAUUAAAAUUAAUUUCUAAUUUUUACUCGGACGAAAAACGUGCCCAUUAUUUUAAGUAAGAAAGUCCUGCUGCGGCAGGAUCGGUUAGUAGACCGCCUUAUCCCUUUGAAUGCACUUUGAAUGAGGAAUUGACGACGUUUACUGUGUAGCCUUAUUAGCAUCUACUUCUCUCAGCUCUAAAAAGAAAGGAAAAGAUCGCUGUCUUUUGCGUGUUAUCAAAAUAUCUCUCUCUUUCUUAAUCUUAAUCAAUAACGGAGGAGAAGAAGAAGCAGAAUGCGAUUCAAAUAUAUAUCUUUCAUCACUUGUGUAGGACCUGUAUUCAUUGUGAUGGGCUAUGCAUAAAGUUUUAAUAUUAAGAUUGCUACCAAAAUAAAGAAAACUAAAAAAAAAAUAUAUGAUAAAAGAGGAUGUUGCGGCGGCGUGAAUUUCCA